AUGAAUGGCUAUGAACGCAAGCUUGACGAUGAUGCCUUUGGCGAAAAGUCCACUCUAGCUGGUCUCAAGACCUUCGAUGCCUUCCCCAAAACCAAACCCUCCUACACAACCCCAACCCGCAGCGGCGGCCAAUGGACCCUCCUAAUCCUCCUCAUAUGCACCUUCUUCAGCUACUCCGAGCUAAAAACCUGGUGGCGCGGCACGGAAAACUACCACUUCACCGUUGAAAAGGGCGUCUCGCACGAACUCCAACUCAACCUCGACAUAGUCGUGCACAUGUCCUGCGACAAACUCCGCGUCAACAUCCAAGACGCAGUAGGCGACCGCAUCCUCGCCGGCGAACUCCUCAAACGCGACGACACAAACUGGGCCCUGUGGAUGCAGAAACGCAACUACGAAUCCGCCGGCGUCCACGAAUACCAAACCCUCUCCCACGAGGACUCCGACCGUCUCGCCGAGCAAGAAGCCGACGCUCACGUCCGCCAUGUCCUAGGCGAAGUGCGCCAUAAUCCGCGCCGCAAGUUCCCCAAGGGCCCUCGCAUGCGCCGCGGGGAUGCCGUCGACGCGUGUCGCAUUUACGGCAGUCUGGAGGGGAACAAGGUCCAGGGUGAUUUCCAGAUUACGGCGCGUGGACAUGGGUAUCGGGAGAAUGCGCCGCAUCUGGAUCACGCUUCCUUUAACUUCUCGCACAUGAUCACGGAACUAUCUUUCGGUCCUCACUACCCGACUCUGCAGAAUCCGCUUGAUAAGACCAUUGCCGAGAUCGAGGAGCACUUUUACAAAUUCCAGUAUUUCCUAUCCGUCGUGCCGACGCUGUAUAGUCGCGGCAAGGGUGCGUUGGACGCGUACACGCACUCGUCCGAUGCCAUGCAGCACGGGGGUGAUACGGUGUUUACGAACCAGUAUGCGGCGACGAGCCAGUCUGCGGCGAUUCCGGAGUCGCCGAUGGUUGUGCCGGGGAUUUUCUUCAAGUAUAAUAUUGAGCCGAUUCUGUUGCUGGUCAGCGAGGAGAGGGCGGGAUUCUUGGCGCUCUUGAUUCGGGUGAUUAAUACCAUUUCGGGUGUGUUGGUUACUGGUGGGUGGCUUUAUCAGAUUACUUCAUGGCUUGGGGAGAUUUGGGGGAAGAGGAAGAAUAGGUCGUCGGAGGGAUAUCUGACCGGGAAGACUUCUAUGGAUUGA